AUGCGCAUUAACAUCCACGACAACCUCCUAGACCAAUGCAAGAAAUGGCAUGAAUACCCCGUCAAUUUGCUGCAGCCGAGUGCACCAAGUUAUAUCCUACGAGACUAUCGCGAUUCCUUGACGAAAGAUGAGGAACGCCUAUUCGACGGUAGUUCAGAGAGUCUAGUAUUCUUUGAGCUUUACGAUGGCAGUGAAAGGCAUCAGUGUGCAAGUGUCACAAACAGCAACGAGCUUGAGAGGCACCUUCUCAGCGGUCACGCCGAUCCUCUCUGCCGUCAUGUCUUCAUCACGGCCAACGAUUCGCGAGACCCUUUAAACUGUUCGCGAGAAAGUCUAUGCAAGAUCUUGACCUUCCACCAAGUGGAUCCUCACUUCCUCGGCUAUAUGGCCUCUUUCGGAGAGACUGAGAGGCCGUUGGAUUAUUCGAUGACAGGGUUUCACGCUAGCGAUACGCUGCACAUUCCUGAUGACAAAGUCCUCAAGAUAUCCCGCCUUGGCCGUUCUGGGAAAGAUAUUCAGAUGUCGUAUAUUCUACGGUCGGUUGAACGUUCCGAAAGCUACGAGCAAGACCUGAAGGACAAAAAGUGGCCGUGGAAGAUUAGACAGAUGGCUGUACACCACACGUUUGAUGUCAAGACGGGGAGAGCAUUCUGGAUGACUGUCAAGGCCAACGACCUGCUACAGAAUAGAAUCAAGGAAUCGCCGUCUCUAUUCCCACCUAUCAGUACGGAACCAGCCAACUCUGCAAUGCAGUUCUCAUCCAUGCUCGAAACGCAACUCAUCUUCUUGAUGUGGGUCGAUGAAAACUGGCGUCAUUAUAUCAACUACAUGGACGAAGAGAUACACGACAUUAUGGUCAAGGCUAAGACGGCACAGAUCGAGGAUGCCGAAGAGUCAGAAGAGUACCCAAGGGCUAUUGUGUCACAAAUGUCGCAGAGGGGUACGAUGACCAAACAGACCAAGGGUAAUGGUGGCGCCGAUUCGGGCGUAACAUCACUGCUGGGCGCCAUCCGCCGAUUAUUCUGGGCCUCGGAGAGGUUGGUAUGCUUCAAUCACGCAACAAAGAUUGGAAGGUCUAUGGGGGUGGCAGGCAGGGAUCAGGGCCCUGGUAAAUUGGAGAAUGGACACUUAAUUCGCCCGUGGGACGCGGAAAAGCCAAGGCCUUAUCGUGAUCAAACUGCCAAUCACGCUAAGCAGCUUCGCAAUCUUUCCGUCCUCGCUACGUUCACCUUUGGAGAACUUCAGAGGCUUUUCUAUGUGAGCGAAAGACUGGAGGAGAUGAGACUCAUUGUCUCAUUAGACAAGCAAGCACUACGCGACAUCCGAGAGUACUACGAUGGACUUAUGACAAGAGAGGAUAUGUGCGAUGACAUCAAGAGGAAAUGUCGAUACCAAAUGGCCAGAUUCUCUCGGAAGGUUGGAGAGAUUGAGAAGAACCUCGAGGGUCAGUUCGAUGGAAUUCACCAGUACCGUGGCGUGCAGGUCAGUCACAUCUUCGCGACAAGCGGCCACCUGCAGGGCCAAAAGAUGGAGAAAAUCGCCGCCAAGACUGAGCAGGAAACCAUUUCGAUGCACAUCAUCACCUUCGUUACCCUAAUGUUCCUCCCAGGGACUUUUGUCGCCUUCCAGGUCAGGGCUGGCAUCCCGAGCACGUUCUCACCCUUUUCCGCCUCCUUCCGCCUCCUGUGCGGUGCCAAUAUUGGUCCGCUCGCUAUUGGGUAUCAUACCCCGCUCGUCUCCGCCCCAAAGAUUGUGAUGCCGCCAGGCAGUCUGGCUGGACCGCAGGCGACUAAGAUUAGUACCCAUACCAGCCUGGUCGAACGAUAUCGCCAGGAAGAUUUACCUGCUAUGCAGGUUAAAGGAAGAGAUGGAUAUGGAAUAGAGGCCGACUACAUACCCUUCCCGGCUCUCAAGGAGUAUUGGAGCCAAGACAAAGUGCGUGAUGUGCUCCGACAUGGCGACGGCGCGGCCCAAAAUGUCAUGCCGAGACAGGUUACCCAGGAAUUCCUUCGUGUCUUCUCCAUUUUAGUCUACAUCGGAAAGCCCGACAGGAUAUCUCUAUUCACAACAUGCGGGAUCAAAGAUGAGCAUUUACCCCUCCUCGCUCUUCCGCCGGCGUGGUCGAAUAACUGGCAAGGGCCCGCAUUAUUUCCCGAAUUCGAGCAGGCGCAAUGGAUGUUCUGUCCCUUGGAAAUCGAUUUUCCUUCCCUCCACAGACGGAAACUUGACCCACGCGUCAUCCUCCCAGUAACUUACGACAACAAGCUAGGCAGCUGGUCCGAAGGCGACCCUACUGAGAUAUGGAAAGUCAAAAUCAACGGCGGAUGUUCCAACCUGAGUCGCGUCACUACUCCCGAUGGAGCGAACGGUGCUGACUCGACCGUAUUGCCAACAGAAGAUCUUUUUGCGGUCUUUAAAACUUGCAGUGCAGAUCCAGAUGCAAAAGAACAAUUCGAUAUUGAAACCAAUGCCUACGCGAGCCUGCCAGACAAGGAAUAUGGUCGAUACAGAGAACACAUACUCGUCUAUUACGGAUCAUUCAUUCAAAAUGGAAAACAUACCAUUAUCCUCGAAUUUGCAGAAGGGGGCACCCUUUUACAAUUCUUCGAGAAGGUACCUCGCCCAACAAGGCUGGAACAAUUCGAAAUGUUUUGGAGGAGGAUGUCCAAGCUAUUGCUCGCGCUUCAUAUCAUCCACGAGAUGGGUGUCGAGAACCACGGCAUUUUAUCUGGAAUUCAUCAAGAUAUUCAUCCGGCCAAUAUCUUUGUCUUCCCCGAACCGUCGGGUGAUUCGUACGAUGUACGUUUCAAACUCGGUGACUUUGGGGCGACCCACGUCAAUCGGUUACGGGGGAGGGAUGGGGGUAUCGAGAAAAAGCGGUAUAAUGACGGAAACAUGAACCGCAUGUACCUUGCGCCGGAAUGCACUCCCACGCAUGGCAUCCAAAUGCCUCCCAGGAUCAGCCCAACUGUCGACGUAUGGGCGCUAGGAGCAGUUUUCAGCGAUGCUCUAAUCUGGUCAUUUCUUGGAGAGGACGGGCGUGAGACGUAUAGGAAGCAACGCUUUGAAGAAAUCAAAUCCGGGUCCCACGAGCUUUCUGCAAAAGGGUACGACUCGUGCUUCCACAACGGCUAUGACCGGCUGGAGGCCGUCUCUACGAUGCAUGACCACGCGCUUAAGAAGAGACUAGCUGAAGACUGGGUCUCUGUCGAGGUCAGCAAGCUUAUCUUACACAACAUGCUCCAACGAGACAAGUCCCACGCACAAACUGGCCGGCUUGACCCGAGAGAUCUCUUCAGACAAAUUAGCGACACCAUCACGCACCGAACACCUCGGGCCGGUCCGAACAGUACUACUCGUGGCAUCCUUAAGUCUACUCGAUCGAGCGUUCGAGGUUCAUACUCCUCGGCCAAUGGCGACUUCGUAGAUGGCACCAACCUGCGGCAAAAGAACCCCAGUCCCGAAAGCCUAGCUCAGACGGAAGGCGUCGGAAUUUUUCUAAUAGACGACGCCGGAUCUAUGUCACACCAUAAGAGCAAGGUUGAGCAGACCGCCCGAGUCAUUGCUUACGCGGUAAAGGAAUCGGAUCCCGACGGCAUGGAGCUGUACUUCGCAUCGGACAUGGGCGAGUGUCGGAAGUACAAAAAGAGCUCCAAGAUCGAAAACGCGAUACGGGAUCACAGCUUCCGCUCUAACCGCACAACGAGCAUGGCGAAGUGUCUCGCAGAACUUCUGAAGAGUAUCCCACACAGAACAAAACCGGGAUGUGACCCCAGGCCUGUUAGUAUCUAUGUGUUGACCGAUGCUGUGUGGGAGGAGGGAGACCCGGGGGUCGAUCGAUGCAUUGUAACGGAAGCUAGACGACUAUCAAAAGAAGAGCUACCGCCCAGCGCCACGAUGAUCCAAUUUAUACGGUUCGGGGACAGACUAAAUCGACAGGCCUCCGAACGCGUAAAGUAUUUAGACGAUGAUCUCGUGAACAAGUUUGAUCUAGGAGUCUAUGAUAUUGUGGACACGCGCCAUUGCGACGGAGACGUCUCCGAGAUGCUUAUUGGUAGCAUAUCCGCUGUUAAUGACGAAAUAUCGAGUUGA